GAUUAUCAAUCAACCUAUCUCAAGGUUGGCUUUUUUCCCUCUCUAUCUUCCCGGUCGGGUUCUCAAAACUAUAUCUAUCUGUGUAGACUCUUCCUCUGCAUCUCUCUCGAUCAUGAAAGAUGAGCUCCCCUCUCGCAUCGCGCGCCUAGUCCACACGCACUUCGAUGCGCUGCCCGCGCGCAGCAAACCCAUCAUCCGCGACGAUGGAACCAGAGAGUGGAUUCCCAUGGCGGGGAUGGUCGUAGUCAGAGGCGAGAACACCCCGGAUGAGGAACUGACUUGUGUCGCUGUGACAUCAGGCGCCAAAUGUCUCGCGGCCUCCCAGCUACCCGCCUGCAAAGGCCUCGUUCUCCAUGAUUGGCACGCCGAGGUGCUGGCGCUCCGGGCGUUCAAUCACUGGGUGCUGUCGGAAGUGAAGGGGUUGUUGGCGGAGAGACAUACAGGAACAUCGUCAUCACGAUUCAUCCGUCGCCGAGACGCAAAGCAGCAACAACAACAACCUGAUCCCCCCUUCGAACUCCAUCCAGACCUCAAGGUCUACAUGUGCUGCACCUGCGCCCCCUGCGGCGACGCAAGUAUGGAGCUCACCAUGGCAGCCCAGGAGGAUCCCACGCCGUGGGUGCAGAGUUCCUGUCCUUCGACGGAGCGAGGAUCGGGCUCAGCGCCUCAUCUAGAAUCCGAUGCACCGACGCCGUCGCACGCAACCACAACAACAACUACUAGCGAUUCCGCUACGGCCACCCUCCUUGAUGGCCGCGCCCACUUCUCCAAACUCGGUAUUGUCCGCCGCAAACCCGCCCGCGCCGACGCAGACUCCACAAAAAGCAAAUCCUGCUCCGACAAGCUCGCCCUCCGCCAGGUGACCUCCUUGCUCAGCCCCUCCACCGCGCUGCUGGUCGCCGUGACGCCCGCCGCGUAUCUGGCCGGGGUGGUGCUGCCCGAGACGGAGAUCAGCGAGGUCGGGUGUCAGCGGGCAUUUGGGCGGGAAGGGAGGAUGAGGGGGUUAGUGGGGGGGGAUCUUGCUCCUUUGCUGUCCGCCGAUGAGAAUACUAGGGGUGGGUUGGGGUCGAACAAAGACAAGGCGGAAGAAGACAGUUCAGGCUACCGGUUCCACCCCUUCAAAGUCCUCUCCAUUCCCUCUCCCCUCGCCGACUCGCUCUGGCAAUACGGUAAACCGAGGGACGCGCCGGUUGCCUCCGCGAUGACCAAGUACAAGCCCGGGACGAUCUCGGCGGUCUGGGUGGCUGCACCCUCCGUCGCAGCGGACCAGGUGGUGUUCGGCCCCGCGAGCGGCGCGAAGCAGCUGCCCAAGUUGGCGGGGAGCCGCACGGGGUUGUAUGAGAGCCUCAUCGGCGGGGUGAAGCAGGGGAGUAAAGCAUCGGCGCCGGUGGUGCGCGGCGCGUCGGCGCUGUCGCGGGCGAGGAUGUGGGGGUCCUUGCGGGAGAUUGUCUGCGGGGGCAGUCACAGUGUGGGCGAGGGGGCAGCAGGAGCAGGCAAUACGGUCCUCCACGGGGUGUCUGCUACAGAUAUCAACCGUCUACGACAGAUCGUCGGUACAGCGAGCUAUGCCGACUUCAAGAAAGCAAUCACCACCACCACCCCACCCGGCCAGGCGCGCGAACGAGCUCGACAGCAAGCCAAAACCGUCCUGGUUCCUUGGGUGCCGAAUCCCGGCGACGAGGACUGGGGGUUGGAUGUCUUGGUCGACACAAACCCCAAGAAGCGCAAACGGUGA